CUAGGCCGUGAAUCCGCGCACUUUUAUUGCGAUUCUCGCUCUCAUUACUCCUCCCUUAAUUAUUCAUCGCGACCGGUCCAACUGCCCCGGCAGUUGAUUAGUCGGCGGGCGAAAACGGCCCCUCAGUGCGUCGUGGAAUGUGCGAGGAACAGCUACCGUGUUACGCGGCUCCGCACGAUGCGUCCCGCGAAAACUCCUCGCCGGGCCGAAAUUUGCCUGUCCGGGAGUCGGCAUGGGCCGGAAACCGAGCCGCCUCAUCGCGGAGCAUCGUUUGAGCCCAGGAGCCGGGCCAUCCGUCCAGCCAGAGUCGCUCGGGCGGCUCGCGCAGGCCUACGCUGCUGCUGCUGCCAGUGGUGGCGCGCCGGCGAUCUGGCAACAGAGCCCAAGCUUUUCCCGUUCUCCUCGGCUGCUGCUGCUGCUGCUCUGCUCUGCUGCUCUGCUGCUGCAGCUCCACGGAUACCCUGCUGCCGCGAGAAGACCGAUCCGCUCUUAGCUGCUGCUCAUCCGAGGAUCUCAUCUGCGACGAGCUGCGAACUCCUGGGCCAGAGUCGAGCACCCGAGUGAGCGGCCCUCUCGGGGAAAGCCGUAAACGAGACGGCGUCGACCUGCUGCGGACUUACGCGGAGGUGGACGGGAGCAGUCAGUGCGCGCGCGUGUACGUGUGAGACAUCAGUGCGUGAGUGUGCGUUGGAGAGAGACGCGCUGGGCGCCCGACGAGCCCACGAUGGGCACCAGUCACGGGAACAGCGCGUAAUCGGCCCGAGGCUCAUCCCCCAAGCCCUUCCCGACAGCCGCGGCGCGUCCGAGUCGCCGGGACGAGCAGGAGCGAGGCGUACGCGCUUUGCGGAACAGCAGUAGCCCCCGAAGGGGAGUCGGUUCCCUCGGCAACGUUCGGUAGCCGUUUGCUAGAAUUCGUCGUCCGGAGCUGCUCCAGGGAGCUGGGAAGUGCUCCUGCUGAAGCUGCUGCUGCUGCUGGGUGAUAUGAGAGCUGUGGAGACUGGUUGGAGAAGUGCUGAUGGCUUGAGGCUGCUGAUGAGCUGAUUCAGCGCAUCAGAGCUUACAUCUGUAUUCCUGUCCUCCAAUGAGCGUGUCUACUUUCACAGCCAAAUCACCAUGUAUACGACACGGAUAACCUGACUCAUUUGGCACAAAGCAAAAGCACCAGUUCUUUCUGCUCAUGGUACUUCGACGAUCCAGCAGCUAUCCUCCGAGCCCGAAGAUGGAGGGACCUGCAAAGAAAAAGCAGAGGAUUGAAAAUGAGGAUGACGAGAAUGGAGAAGUGUCCGAAAUCGAGAAGCUGCAAAGCAGCUUACUGGCUCACUGCUUGUGCAAUGUAUCCGAAAGCAGUUUGCGCAAACCGUUCACCAGCACAGGUGGACUAGGUAAUGACAGGGAAUUCAGGUCAACCGUCCUCUCCGAGUGGGAAUCCGACAAAUGCCUUGAAUUUUUAAGUGUCCUACAGUUACUAUUCGAUGUGGCAAUAAAACAAAACACUAGAGGAUUAAUGUGCGGUCGUAUCGCGGACGUGUGCAAAGCUCUGGCGAGAAACGAGCAUCACAUCGUCGACCAAAUAAUCGACCUGUCCUGUACAAAUAACAAAUUCAUAUCGUUCGCGGCCAGCAGAGCGCUCGCGUCCUUCUUCAUCAUCGCCAAGGAGGGUGUGGAGUCUACCUGGCUAGAGAGACUGACGCAGUCCUUGGUCAAUACUAACUCUCCCACUCAAAUGUUGUUUACACUGGAUGUCUUGAAGAGGAUAGUGGAGCACAGAGACUCUGACAUUCAUCCUUUGGAAGACUCAGAGAGUUCUAAUCCUCCAACGGGCUGCAAUGUCAUCACGAUAUCAGAUCCAGAAAGUUUGGACAGUACCCCGGUGAAAGCCAUGUGUGUCAAGGCUCUGGAAUCCAAGUGGACCGUCUUGGUCACAAAGUUCGACGCCAUCCUCGGCUCGUAUACGCCGCAGCACGAGUCCGCCGUUAUUACAUUCCUGAACCUCUGGGAAUCAAUUAUAUCCGUCAAAGCUAAUCUAUCAGUUAUAGACACAAAAUUAUUCUAUUCUCAGUUAGAUAAUUUAGUUAUGCUCUUGAAUGCUAAUGUUCCCGGUAUCAUAUGGAGACAUCUCAUUGGAUUGUUCAACGAAGUCCUCUGCUACGGCAGCACUCUAUCCCUGCAGGGAAUCCUUCCAGAAGAACCCUGUCUGCUGGCUCAUGUGGUAGUGAGGGCAGUAAAAGAUUGGAGGCUGCUGGACUCGCUGCCCUACCGCCACGGGUCCGGAAGGUUUGGCGGGGGCUCCGGUGAUGGCGAUCAUCCGCUUCUUCAGAAAGUGGUACUAUUGGUACUCAAGAGCGUAGCAGUGACGAUGAGAGAAACCCGCAGCGAUUCUUCGAGUGACUCCUCGUUGGCCUCCGACACGGAAGAUCUUGACGCGGAUAUGGUCAUCAUCGAGAGGAGCAUCAGAGGAGUUCUGCGACAACUGGAUCAGUGCGUGAAACAGCUGAUGCCAUUUCACCCGGAAAUGCCUCUGUCCCAGUGGGUCGUGCGAAUGUUUAACGAUCAAGACGAUUUCCUGAUCGAGGGUAUGGUCUGCUGUCUCGACGUUGCCAAUGGACUAUUUUACAGGGGACCACCGCAGAAUACAGACCUGGCGAACAUGCUCAGUCCAACGCUGACUUUCGUGCAGUUCAUCAAAGCCGUAUCGAACCAUCACGAAGUGCUGCUGGAUUUUCUUAUUAGCAACGAAACAUGCUUCCUGCUGUACUUGUUAAAGUUCUUAAAGUACAUCAAGCGCUCUUGGCCCGAGUUCGUGUCGUGUUGCGGCCGGGAUUUAAACAAUACCAUGGCCGUCCUGAUAAACUUGAAGCAAGCUAUCGACAGAAUGGUAUCCAAGGAUUUGUUUCCAUACAAUAUAAUCCCUGUUCUGCGACUACUAGAAAAAUGCGAGUCACUUUACCUAGGAGACAUAGAUAAUUAACCGACUCUCGAGUCAUUUCUUUCUAUUGUUAAACUUGGACAGAAAUCGGCAUGUUGCGUUACUUUAAAACAGAUAUCCUUAAAAUUUUCGAAUAUUUUUUUAACGAUUAGUUUAAACAUUAAAACUUUUGUUGUCAAAGCAUUUAUUUUAAAGUAACCAACCAUGCAUCUCUGCAAUUGAGUCAAGGUGUACAUUUUUAUGAUUAAUUGUAAUAUGCUCUCUUUAAAACUAAAGGAAAACUCAAGUCACAUUAAAAGAAAAAUCAUAAAAAAAUACAAUGUUUAAAAAACUAUGGAUUGUGGUAAAUCCUACUAAUAACGUAAAAGCAAAUCGGAAAGCGCUACCAAUCCAGAUUGUAUUAUUUUAUGUGCUCAUAUAUAUUCGUGUUAAUAGUAGUCAGGAUAAAGAUGCGUCGUUAUUAUGAAAUGAAACUGCGCCAGCGAAUGUUAAUAAAAAUUCGAUUUAUUUAUUUUUACAGGUUCUAUUAUAGAAACUAAAAGUUUACUAGACCAUCGAACUGAUUUGGGUCUUAAAAAACUUUUUCGCGUUUAUCAAGGUGCAAAUUAUUUGCAUAAAUAUUAAGUAGUACAAAAAAAACAUUCCGACAAAUCAUAAAAUAAGAGUUUAUAUCAUUAAAUAUUAAAAUGGUGCUAUGAAUUAUGUAUAUCUCUGCCAAAGCACCAUAUAAAAUAAACUCUUAGGGUAUUAUUUAUAUUCAUAUUCAAAUAAUGCUGUACAUGUAUGCCUUGUCAUUUUUAUAUGUUUCACAGUUACUUAAUUAGGUAGAGCUGUUGGUCUUUGGAAAAAAAUGUUCAAUGACUCGAAGAGGUCGUGUUAUCCCUGUUUACGAAAAUUAAAUCCGAUUUAAAAUUGUAUUUUUUAUAAAUAUAAUCGGAUCAACAAAAAUGUAGAUGAAACUCGAGUUUCCAGACAGGGAUUAGUUAUAUUUUAUAGUAUUUGAUCGCGACUAAGUUAAGAAGGAAAAGUCACCUUGCGAUUUUCAAAAUUAGUUGUGGUACGUUUAUGGUGAUAAUUUUUCGAUGAAAUUAAAGAGGUACAACUUAAAUGAUUGAAAGUUAAAGCUAUUUUUAAAAUAUAGCUAUAAUUUUUUAAAACGCACAAUUUGAAAGCUAAAAGUGAAUACUACUUUCAAUUACUUAAUUAAUUCAUAACAUUGAAUCGACAAUUAGAACGAUAAAAAACUAUUUUUCGAGAAACGAUUUACUCUAGCAACUGCGAUUAUAUCGUUUUAUAUUGUACGCAGGAAAAAUAAAGGCGGUAGAUUUAUGAAAUUGAGAUAAAAGUUCUUCUAAAAUUGUAUAUUAUCAUUUAUUUAUAAUGUAAAUAUGCUUAGAGAAGAGAAAUUUAUAUCGAAAAUCUUUUUUUAAAUAAUAUUAUCGUAAAUAAAAAAA